UCGCAAUGGCAUCCAUACAGUUGGGCGAUUAUAUUGUUAUUCAGCGUCAAAAGUACACGAAAUUGCAAAAAUUUGGCAGCCUUGAUGCGACAGCCACAUUGGGUAAGGAGCAUCUGGAGCUGAAGUCGCUGCUGGAUCAACCGUAUGGCUCCACGUUCAAGAUGUGCGUCAAGGAGUCGAAGGUGGGCAAACGAGGCGCCCAGCGGCAGCACCGGCUCGAGCUGUGCACCGAAAAUGAAUUGCGCAGCAUACGGGAUGUGCUAAACAUUUCCAGCAGUGGAGCCGACAAUCGGGACAUCAGCGACAAUGGCGAGGCGCAGGCCCUCAAGUCCGCGGACAUUGAGCAGCUGCGCGAGGCGUGUAACGAGUCCAGCAAGAUAAUUGAGAAGCUGGUGAAGAAUUCGAAAACAUUUCACACACGCACCGAGUACUCACAGGACAAGUAUCUGCUGAAGAAGGAGAAAAAGUACUUUGAGUUUGUCCAAAUUCGCCAGCCCAGCAUACGUCUAAUGGCCGACAUAUUCCAUCGACAGGAUGCUGAUAAGAUAAUGGGCAUACGUGUGGAUACGCUCUCCCAAAUAAUCUCCUACUCGGGUGUCUCUGGCUUUGGCAGCUAUUUGUUGUACGAGAGCGGCACGAAUGGUCUCUUGCCGGCGGCCAUGCUGAACUCCAUGGGUGCCGGCACAGAGGCAACACUUGUACACAUGCAUCCCGGCAAUGUGCCCCAAAAGCAAGCUCUGCUGGCCCUCAAAUUACCACUGGAACAGCAGCAGCGCUGCAUCUCGGUCAAUCUGUACUCGGUGCUGCGUGAGUUUUAUCAGGGCGACAAGCCAGAGGCGAAAACAGAAGCUUCCACAGAAGUGGAAACAGCGGCGCCAACCAAGGAGGCAGCGGAGCUAGUAACCCCCACAGAUGACAGCGAUACCAACACGGAGGAGCAAAGCGACAACAUUGAGCCCAGCUCCAAGAAGGUCAAAUUGGAUGAAUCGUCAAACUGUAAGCAAUCUAUAUCUAAAGCUGUUGCUCCUGACUAACUAAAUUGAUUAGAAUCGAAAACCGGAAAAUUCACCCCGCAAAUGUGGAAAUUAUUUGAAAAUGGCGGCAUAAAACUUACUUAUUUUUCCAUCAAAUGUAUAACAGACAUUCUGAUAACCCGACAAUAUAAAUAUUAAGGCGAUUUAUAUGAUCUUAGAUUAAUUAUGACCAAUUCAGCAAGAAUACGUACUUCGACGCAGAUCAGCACUGGCCAGCUUUGCCAGAGGCAGGCUGGCGACUGACCCAGUUGCUCAUGAGAGCAUCAACAAGUUGCAUUCGGCAUGCGGUCGUUUCGACCUUGCUGCCAUAGCAAGAAAGAUACUUGAUCCGUAAACAAGAUAGACAGAAAAAAAGAGAGGCGCACA